AUGUUGAUGUUUUCAACCAUCCUGGAGCUGAUUAUGGUGCCAGACCUGCUGAAGGGGUAUAGAGAAGAUGGUCUUCUCUUUGAUUUUGGAACUUUGCACGAUUUUUCGCACUGGAUCGAAGUUUCUGAUACAGUCCGCGUAGGCGGGAAGUCAAAGGCCAUUAUUGCUCCACACCGUGGAUCUGUAAGAAUAUAAUUAACAGCGAUGGAAGUGCUCAGAACUUUAGUUGUGCAAUAUUUUUCUACUUGUUGGAUCCACUGCCGAAUGGUGCUUGUUUCGCAGGUGUUAAGUAUAAUGGCACCCGGUGGAACCUGACGGAAUACGAUGGAAUCGAAGCGGAAUUACGUCGUACAGGGUCCAACGAAUGGUUUAAAGUCGUGUUUGACCAAAGGUACUCGUACGAAAAGCAAUUUCAGGUGGGUCUUUCGCAGGCUUUGUCGUGUUAAUCUGUCAGUGCGUUAAUGCGAUUGCUGCCCCCGCUCAAAUUUCUCGCCCACUUCACAUGUGUUCAAAUGCCAAGUUUGGGCACUAACAUUUUUAUGCUCUUCGCUUUUGUUGAUGGCGUAUGGGAUUUGUCGACUCAAGUGGCCUCGUAAAGUCAGCGAGCCUGUUGAACGCCUGGAUAAACCUGUUGUUUCUCUCGGUACCUACGUUUAGUUGGGCCGACAUUAGCCUGUUUUAUGUAACAUCAGUAGGUUUGGCAGCGGUAUCCUUAAUAGGGAGUCACUCAAAAUUCGGGCGACAUAUUGGAAGUUUGUGUCCGUGCUCCAUGUUUUGAAUAAAAACAUCCAUUCCCGAUGGAAUUUACAGGUGUUUUAUCAAGAAGAAGACAUUUCGUAAACGCUGACAUUAGAAUGUGCCUAGAAGGUUUCUGGGAAUCAAGAUAUUCAACAUGGCACCAUCUCUCCAGUACGGACAAGCAUACACAACCAUGGUAUUUAGUGCUCAGAGUCGACAAAUAAAUUUCCAAUAUCUCCAUUUUCAGUGAGGGGAGUUUAGGUAGUCUGUAGAUUAUCAAAUUAGCGUGUCCUCUGGCAACGCUAGCGCUGAGCCCAGGUCGUACACUGCAGUACGCAUUAGCAAUCUCGUUAGAAAGGUGACUGUUGGUGGGGAGGAGGCCGAAGCAACCAGAAACAUCAGGAAAACACAGAACACAACAAUUGCUUCGUAAAAUAACGUUGUCCUCAGUGCUCCAAACUUGUUUUCCUUUUUGUUUAAAGUAGGUCGAGUAAAGUCAUGAAGCAGACUGAUCUCUAACCUUACACUUACGAAGAUUCCUACGUAUGUAAAGUAAAACGCCAUCGUUUAGCGCCAUCUUCAAGCACGCCUAGCCCAAAACCUCUUCUCCAAGAGUGUCUUGUCGUUAGGUAGACUUGAUUCCUACUGUAGGCAAUUUUUGAAGAUCAGCGAGUCAGUUGUAACCGUUUCGGCUAAUGCGUUAUGCUGAUUGGUAUCGUAUUGAGUGUCAGAUUCUUCUUGACUAUCUAUUGACACCGGCUCCAGGUGGGGAGGAGAGAGUGCGGUAGAUGCAACGCAAGUCACCGUGCCUGCUUCGCACACGGUAAACAUCGUCGGCAACGACGGUCAAACUAUCAAGUGUCAGAUGCCUGCCACCUGUGACUGUAAGCCGCAACUAAUACGCGAAUACCCCCGGGGAUAACAUGCAUGGCUCCGACUUAUCAACCUACAGCGGACAGACAUUAAUGAUGCUCCGUUCCACGAAUGUCAGAUUCCCAGUCUGGCGAACAAAUUUUGUCAUCAGCACGGUACAAGAACCGCGCUCGUAAGGGUUAUUCAGGACGUGGUCUAAAGGCAAAUUUGAUGCCUUGGGCCCUUGUUCUUGAUCUCUGCCUAAAAUUAGAUGUGCUGUUUCGGCGAUUGGAGUUUUGGACAUUUAUUUACUGUUUUUAGCUAAGAUUCUCUCAUUAAAAUUCCUUCUCCACUGUGAUUUUAAAGGUCGUGCAACCUUUUUUUUUUCUACCUACCGCCCAUAAAUUGCCUUUGAAGCACAAACCUGGACUUCAGUACUAAUCAUGCCUUUUGGGGUACCAACCUUCCCUACAUUCAGGACGGGGAAUCUUGUGACUGGCAGCAAGGCAUUAGGACCACGCGUCCCCCAACAUGUAUGUUUCUGUCGGUCCCACAGAAUAUAUGUGUAAGGUAGUCUGGGCGUCUUUCUAACGGAGACACUUGACGGACUUGCCAGUGACUCUGCAAGUUGACCUAAUCCCUGUGAACUCUAAGUCGGAGUAUAAUAAUUUCCUUCACUGAGUCCCUGAUCCGAUGCAUCAAUGCAUUGCAGACCCUGUUUAGGCGAGAAAGAAGAUAUUCCUCGAAAAGAUGGUUCGGCCACCUGGCUUGGUAAAGACGACUGCUCUCCCCACACGUCUAGUAAAACAUGAUGUGACUGCGAAUGCCACUUCUGUCCAUUUCAGGCGCCCUCAGAUUUCGGAACUAUUCGUUUCCCGUUUUCGGAGAUGAAAGCCUACCACUGGGGUAAACCUGUUGAUGAUGCUCCCCCGCUCAACAAGUCAACUCUCGACUUUGGUAUUCAAGCGUUUGGUGGCGUUUUCGAGUCAUUCAAACAGUCAGGGCCUGGCAGUCUACAAAUAAACUGGGUGCGGGCCUACAAGUCACAUCACGAAAUCCCCCAAAGUACACCAAGCUCUUAG